GGSCCAGGCUGCACAUCUGAGCUGCUGCCCUGCAGGUGCUCCUGCUUCCCAGGGAACGAGCCCAGAUUCAGCUCUGCCGCAGGAGCAGCAGCGCUCUCAGUCCUCCAGGCUCAGGGGCAACCUGGAGAGCGCCUGCAGCAGGACCUCCCUGCCCUCUGGGAUGAGUAGAGAGAAGCUCUGCGCAGGAGACCCGGGAAGUGCAGCAGGCGAACCUGCAGGCCCCAGGGGAGUCCACUGUGGCCUGGCCCACCUCCCUCUGUGGCCUCAGGUACAGCAGAAAAAGUCGAGCCUUGUCCCCAGGUCUAAGGUGGGAAUGGCAAAAGGGUCUCCCCUUUUGGCUUUGUCCUGCGUGUGAACUGAGGGGUGCUGGGAGCUCUCCAUGGGACCUGUGGCCACUACCCAAAUGUAAGUGAAGUCCAGAAAGCCCUCUGAUGCCGUCUUAGUGUUGCCCAGGUCCUCAGGCACACACAGGCUGAGAGCUGUGGUGGACCCAGGGCCAGGGAAGUCACCCGGCAGGGGCUCCCAUCAAGGACAGCAGCAGGUGGCAGCUGAGUGAGUGGCCCUGCCCCCCUCGCUGGGGGUGGACCUGUGCUGGAAGGCCCUGCGGAAGCAGCCGACUGUCAAGACCUGAGGCGCAGCAGCACGGAACCUGGAGCCACAGGGGGCUUCUGCAAGUGGAGUCCAGACAGGGGGACAGAGGUGAGGCCGCCUGCCCACUGCCCAGAGGUGAGGCCGCCUGCCCACUGCCCAGAGGUGAGGCCGCCUGCCCACUGCCCAGAGCCAAGGUGGGGGACAGAGGUGAGGCCGCCUGCCCACUGCCCAGAGCCAAGGUGGGGGACAGAGGGGACAUCAGCAGAUGAUAUCCACAAAGAUGACUGCAGAGGAUUUUCUGUCAGGAGAACGGAGGUCUCCGGCCUCAGUCUGCCCCCUGGAACCUCCGAGGCAGUCUGCACCCUCUGGGAGUCCAGCCACUGUUGGGUGGCCCUGUUCCACGGAGAUGUGACCAGCCUGUGAGGUGGCUCUCCACCCCUGUGUCGCCAAGCUGAAGACUGACGCCCUCCAGAGCAAGGUGCCGGCAGACUCCAGACAGUGCGUCUCAGGGACAACUAGACCGUCACCCGUAAAGUGGAGAAUCAGAUGACCCUAAGUGUGGUGGUACUCAGAGGAGCACAUGGGCAGGCUGACUGCAAUGGAGCACAAGUAGGGUGUCCACUCACCAAGCCCAGCAGAGAGCAGGCUUCCCUGGGACUGCCACCUCCCGGUGCAGGCAGGGAGCCGCUGAACGGGUGCCCCAGCCUGUUAGAGGUGGGUACGGGGUGUUUCCUUUGAUGGCAGAGACUGAGGCCCAGAGAGGUUGAGACCUGCUGAGGUCACACAGCAAUGCAGGGCAGACAGGGUACGCAGAUAAAGGUAAAGGGCACACAGACUCUGGUUGGAGCCUGCUUGGAGCAGGGGAGCUGCUCCAACUGGCUCAGGAGAACACUCAGCCUCGGAGGACGACAGCAGCACGUGGCCAGAGCCUGCUGGGUGGCCCAGGGAGGUGGCCACGGAAAGGCCUGCCUCUCACCCAUUCCCCUUUCUUUAGAAGAGAGAGUUGCCAUGUUUGGGACCCACUUCUCAUUGAGGAGCAGAAGGACACAGUGGGGACAGUACAGUAGGAGACAGGAUUCCAGGCCUCCUCGGGACAGGGGACAGCCCCAGGUGGACACAGGCCUGUGCCCAUUGGCUGCAGGAACACUGCACCCCUCUCGGCACCUGGGCUCUGCUGCACUGGGGACAGAACAGAAGACCAUGUGGCUCCGUGGCCUCCUGCCCCACACCCCCAGGGGCCUGCAGGCUUCUCCGAGUGCUGCUAGUUACAGAGGGCAGCAGGUGGCCGGCUGCGCUGGGUGCAGGGAGCCAUGGUGUGCUCCAGCUUCAGCCCAGAGCGGAGGGGCCUGGCUCCAGGCAGCCUGCUCGCUCCCUGCUCACCGUCACCCUGUAAAAGCACCUGAUUGGCUGCCACAGGCUCACGGGGCCAGGCUCAGAGAGACCCCCGUGUGCCCACGUCAUGUGCCUGCCCUGGAGCUGGCCAGGAUCCUGACAUUCCCGCCGUGGGAUAGGCAUGUGCUGGGGACAGGCCCCCUGCGAGGACACAGGGACCCAGAUGAGCACGGACAUCCCAGAUGCACUGCACAGAGCUCUGAGCGGGAAGGUGCCCUCCAGAGCCUUCAGGACCUGCAGCCUCAGUGCCCAGAGCUGGGGCCCCACUGGGCAUCCUCUGGGACAGGACCUGAUCCCAGGCACCCAAACCAGAACCACAGCUUUGGAGCCAGUCUGGCCGUCCAGGGACAGCGAUCAGUGGCCCCUGAAGGCAGCUCCAGGGUUGAUUUGGGACUGUCUGGGAGGCCUGGGAGCCCACAGGGACCAGAGCUGAACCCUUCGUCCUCUCAGGACAGUGCCACCCCAGGCUGAGUGAGCUCUGCCUUGGAGACAUUUAUCAUGGCGGAUGGCACCGAGCCCAGGCAGGAGGUGUGUGGGCCUGGUGCCUGGGGGCUCGGCCCCUGCUGCGGCUGGGGUCUUACUGCAGGUUAGAAGAAGGGUAGGUCUGGAGCUGAGUGAGGUCUUCCAGGACUGAGCCCAAGUACAGCUGAGCCUUGGAGGGGCGGGGCAGGGCAGGGGAGCCCACCGCCCAGAAGGGGCAAGACGCAGCUGGACCCCCGCGGGGUAGAAGCUGGCUGUACCACUCCCGUGAGACCCUUCAAACAAGGCUGCUGGCCACAGGAAAGGCAGAGGUCUCUAGCCACUGCCACUGGCCACCACCUAGAAGGUGCUCUGUGAGAACCACCGCUCCAGACCAGGCCCCACCCGGCCACUGUCCCGCACUGGCACGGCUGGGCUCAGAAGGGCACUAAGGGGCAGAGCCAGCCUGGCCUGCUCAGGAGCCACUGCCCAGAUGUGGCCAUGGCCACAGUCCACCCUUGCUGCUGCUGCACUGGCACCCGCUGUGACGAUCAGACACUGAACUGACCAGAGCUGAAUGAGCCAUCUCAGGGCUCAGUCGAACCUGAAGUCUACCCCACGGCACCUGAGCCAACCCUGCCCGGGCUCACCUCUGUUCCCACCUCAGGGAGACAGGGAAACUGACCAUUGCAGAAUAGAUACAUGGUCCCAGGUCCCAAACCACAAGGCAGGACUUGAAUAAAGCCACUGGGCCAAGGUCACAGGUCCAGCCUCUCCAGGCCUGGGUGCGUCCCUCAAGGACCAUGAGGGCUGCAAGGAGCCCUCUGAGCUGGCGCCUGCCUCUGGUUUCUGUAUGAAGUGGGGCUUCCCAGGCCACUGGCCAUACUGGUUACAGCACAGAUAUUCACACUGGUCUCCCCUGGUCUCAGAAAGCUGCAGAUCCCAGGGUCCUGCUCCUGGUGGCGGCAAGCAAGGUGUCCAGGUAGAGGGGCACAGCCACCCCUUCCACAGAAGGCUCUAUUCCAAGGCCACCCCUCAGCCACAGUGACACAUGCCACUGAGGAGGACGCAGAUAUGCCUGGGAGCUGCCCCAUCCUCCAUGGGCCUCACACAGGUGCUGGGCCUCAGCAGCUCAGGUAGGUGGGGGACGUUCCCGAACACGGCCUGCCCCAGUGGGCCAGAGACCAGCUGACCAAGGCUCCCUGCAGGCCUGGUCACCUGUCUGUGGCCCAGGCUCUCCGCCUUGCUCUCCUUGACCAUGCAUCUUCAUGACACCCAAGCGCCACACAGAGACACUGCUCUGCCCUCUGGGUCUGGGUCUGCCAACUCUUCCAGUGAGAGGCCGGACAGCACCAUCUGAACCACUCAGCUCUGCCUUUGCAGCUCAGCAGCGGCAGAGACACCCUGAAGCCCCUAAGCAUGGCCAUGUACUAAUUAAGCUUUGUCCCCCAGAUCGGCAGUCAGUUGACUGGGCUCUGAGUCUCUCCUGGGCUGACCCUGCGUGUCCAGUGAGGUUGGUCUUCCCUGAGGCCCUGCAAUCUCGCAUCUGAGUGACCUUCCUUCUUGCUGUUCCGAGGGUGUAUGGCCAGCACCCUCCGCUCCCGGCCCCUGGGCAGCCUCACCUCUGGCCCCCGCCUGCCUCACAGAAGGCCAGGCACCUUCUGAGCCUGCGGGGGCCCCAGAUACAGCCAGGGAAGGCCCUGGCCCCUGCCACCAACGACCUCAGGCUGGAGACAGCCCCUGCCACGCAUCACCAGGCUGCAUCACUGCCAGGAGCCCAGGGCCCCCCGAGUUCACUGUGACAGAAAACCUCGCAAAGAGAAAGUCCCCCAGGAGAUGAGCACUGGCACCGGACCUGACGAUGAGUUUGGUCCCCAGUGGGUCAGCCACACAGCUCUGCUCCUCCUCGGCGCCCAGCCCAGGGCACCUCUCUGCCCUCAGAGCAGCCUCCGUGUGGCCAGGUGGAGCAGAGGCCACCUGUGCCCAGCUCUGGGAAGGCUGAAAAAGGAAGGGCUGGGAGGCCUGUGGCCCUUCCUGUGGCCUCUGCCUACGCCUUCAACUUCUUCAGGACCCAGUCCUUGGCUAGUCCUCUCCAGGGCAAGCCCGCAAGGCAGGUGGAAAUCACUGGGCAGUGGCUUCCCUGCACUGUGCCAGCGCAGCUUUCUUCCUGAUCUGCCAAUGGGCAUCAGGCACUGCCCUUUGGUUCUGUGAGCGUCUCAGCAGGACUGCUGGUGGAGAAGUCUGGCCCUGGGCAGCCUCCCUGCGCCCCUUCAUCUGAGGAUCCCCCCUUCUUGCAGAGGCUGGGAGCUCUGCUCGGCUUUGCCUGGCAAACCCACCACCUCUGCCUGCCUUCUCCUUUGUACUUCGUCGUGUUCACACCCCAGCUCCUUCCGCCACCUCCUACCAACCCUCUAAGCCCUGGGGCCCGGGGGGCCUGGCACAUCUGCCUCUGAA